AUGGAUGCCCUCGGCGCCGGCGGCUCCCUUGGGUGGCUCUACGCGGCCAAGAGGGGCCAGGCGGCCGCGGGGACCGUGCUCGCGCGGGCUCUGCUGCCGGCCUCGCUGGGGCUGCUGUGCUCCGCCGCGCUGGGCGCUUGCGGGGGGCUGCUUGUGUUUUUGGCAGCGUGUCUCGUCUCCUCCGCGUGCCGGGGUGCCGGGGCGCUGCUGCCCGUGGGCGACAGGGCUGUGCUCAUCACAGGAAGUGACACUGGGAUUGGACAUGCCCUGGCUAAAUACUUGGAUAACUUAGGUUUUAUUGUAUUUGCUGGGGUUCUGAAUAAAGAUGGACCUGGAGCUGAAGAACUGAGAAGGACCUGUUCUGAGAGACUUUCCCUCCUGCAGCUGGAUAUAACCAAUCCUACCCAAGUCAAGGAAGCCUAUCUCAAUGUUUCAGAGAGAGUGCAAAAUACAGGGCUCUGGGGAGUUGUGAACAACGCUGGCAUCCUGGGCUUUCCCGCAGAUGGUGAGCUGCUCCCCAUGAGCACGUACAGGCAGUGCAUGGAUGUGAAUUUCUUUGGGGCCGUGGAGGUGUCCAAAACCUUCUUACCGUUACUUCGGAGAUCCCAGGGAAGGCUUGUUAACAUAUCAAGUAUGGCAGGAGGCAUUCCACUACCGAAGUAUGCUGCGUACGGUGCAUCAAAAGCAGCUCUGUCCAUGUUUUCUGGAGUAAUGAGGCAAGAGCUUUCUAAAUGGGGAAUUAAAGUUGCUGCAAUUCAUCCAUCAGGCUUCAGAACAGGUAUACAAGGCACGUCUGAACUGUGGGAUAAACAAGAAAAGGACCUAAUGGAGAAUCUCCCAGCAGGCGUGAGGAGAGAUUAUGGAGAAGACUACCUCCUGGAGCUGAAGAGCUACCUCCUGCGCAUGCCUGCGUAUUGUGACUCUGACCUCUCCCCCGUGCUAAAUGACAUUCUGCAUGCUUUACUGGCCAAGAGGCCGCGUGGCUUGUAUACUCCCGGCAAAGGGGCAUAUGUGCCUCUCUGCAUCUUUUGCUACUUUCCUCUCUGGUUGUAUGACUUUUUUAUUAGUAAGUCACUAAGUAUCGAGCCUGUCCCAAGGGCGCUGAGAACAUCAGAAGCUAGAAACAAGAACCUCUGA